AUGGAAGAGAAAGACUAUGAAUGCAAGAACUGUGAGAAAGCUUUUGUACAUGACUUACAACUAACUACACAUCAGAGAAUUGAUACUGGCCAGAAGUUCAGGAACCAUAAGGAAUAUGGGAAGGUUAUUAGUAGAGGUUCAAAACAUACUCAGCAUCCGAUCAUGUUCACCGACCUUACUUAUCAUUGGAGACUUCAUGCAAGUGAGAAACCUUAUCAAUGUAUGUUAUGGGGAAAAGCCUAUAGUAGUAAAUCAGCCAUUACUCUGCAUCAGAGAAUUCACACUGGUGAGAAACCAUAUAUAUGUAAGGAGAGUGGAAAAGCCUUUCAUAGCAGUUCAAUACUUACAGAACAUCAGAGAAUUCACACUGGUGAGAAAGCUUAUAUGUGUAAAGAAUGUGACAAAGUCUUUCAUUAUUCCUCAGAUCUUAAAAGGCAUCAGAGAAUGCAUACUGGUGAAAAACCCUAUGAAUGUAAGGAAUGUGGCAAGGCCUUUAAGAGUGCAUUGUAUUUUUUUUAUUAUCAGAGAAUUCAUACUGGGGAGAAACCCUAUGAAUGUAAAAACUGUGCUAAGGCAUUUGGAAGUUGCUCAGCCCUUAACCGACAUCAGAGAGUUCAUACUGGUGAAAAACCCUAUAUAUGUAAAGAUUGUGGAAAGGCCUUUUGUUGCAGCUCCAAACUUACAGAACAUCAGAGAAUUCACACAGGUGAGAAACCAUAUGUGUGUACCGAAUGUGGAAAGACUUUUUGUAAUAGUUCUAUACUUACAGAACAUCAGAGAAUUCACACUGGUGAGAAACCACAUGUGUGUAAAGAAUGUGGAAAGGCCUUUUAUCACCCUUCACGCCUUAGUCAACAUUGGGGAAUUCAUAUGGGUAAGAAACCCUACGAAUGUAAGGAAUGUGGGAAAACCUUUAGUAGUAGCCCUGCCAUUAUCCGGCAUCAGAGGAUUCAUACUGGUGAGAGAUGCUUUGACUGUAAGGAGUGUAAAAAGGCCUUUCAUUGUUCCUCAGACCUUUCUCAACAUCAGAGAAUUCAAAAUGGUGAAAAACUUUAUGAAUGCAAAGAAUGUGGGAAGGUUUUUUAUGUAGUUCAAAUCUUAAUCAAUAUCGGAAAGAUCAUGCUGCCUAAAUUGCCUAAGAAUAUAGUAAAUAUCAGAAGAUCAUCAGAAGUUCACUCCUGA